CGCACAGUGCGGAAGGCGGAGACGUUGGCGGAGUCGGCUGUGGUGGCAGCGACAGACGGGGGCAAUCAGAAACCCGAGGCUUGGCCAUGAACUUGCCUGGGACGGCGGCGGACUUGACAGCCGUUUCCUUGUUGCAUUGCUCCUGCUAACGGAACAGAUUUUGGCAUUAUGGCUGGGAGGCAUCAGAGUCGUUUUCCUCUUCCAGGAGUUCACUCAGGUGGCCAAGUCCAUGCAUUUGGAAAUUGUACGGACAGUGAUGUGUUGGAGGAGGAUGCUGAGGUUUAUGAACUUCGGUCCAGAGGAAAAGAGAAAAUCCGAAGGAGUACAUCAAGAGAUAGACUUGAUGACAUUGUAGUGUUAACAAAAGAUAUAAAGGAAGGAGAUACUUUAAAUGCAAUAGCCCUUCAGUACUGUUGUACGGUGGCAGAUAUCAAGAGGGUUAACAAUCUCAUCAGUGAUCAAGACUUUUUUGCCCUAAGGUCUAUUAGAAUUCCAGUAAAAAAGUUUAGUUCAUUGACUGAAACGCUUUAUCCUCCAAAAGGAAGACAGACUUCACGUCCUUCAUCUGUUCAAUAUGUUCCAGAACAACAGGAGAUCUUGUCAACUAAUGAUUCUCUUUCUUCUAGUGAGUCAGCUGGUAACUUUUUAAAAGAAGUAGACCGAGACAUAGAACAAAUUGUAAAAUGUACAGACACCAAAAAAGAAAACCUUAACGAGGUGGUAUCUGCCUUAACAUCACAGCAAAUCCGUUUUGAACCUGAUAACAAAAACAUUCCACGUAAGGAUCCUUAUUAUGGAGCAGACUGGGGAAUAGGUUGGUGGACAGCUGUAGUGAUAAUGUUGAUAGUAGGGAUAAUAACACCAGUAUUUUAUUUGUUGUAUUAUGAAAUUUUAGCUAAAGUGGAUGUUAGUCACCAUUCAACAGUGGAUUCUUCACAUUUGCAUUCAGGGAUCACACCCCCAUCACAGCAGAAAGGAAUGGAAAAGGAAAUCGCUCCAACUAAAGGAAUACCCUUUAGCCAACAAAAUGAUCAUAAACAGUACAAUCAUGAACCUCAGUUACCUGCUGCUCAACACAAAACAUAGCAGUUACUCAUAAUCACAGUGUUAUUGAUCACAUGUGUAUUGGGAAUGUGGUGAAUCCAUUCUCUUCAAUAACCACUUCAAAGGCAGAAUUUUUAGGAAGACUGAAGAUGAUUUUGUAUUUUUUACCUUCUUAGGAAGUUAUUUACAAGUAGAUGAGUAUAAAAUCUUUAUAGUUUCCAGUUGAUAAAUGGACAGUUAAAUUUAUGUAACUUAUUAUCAAUGCUUAAGGCGGAAAUGAGUUUCAAAUAUGUUUAGGACC